GGAGACGACAGCAGUCACGGGGCUGUGGGUAAGGAAGCAGCAGCCAAAUGGACAAGAGGACUCGGCAGCAUGGUACCAAAAGAUGUGCUGGAGAAGAUGGCAGAGAACAAGAAAGGAGAGGAGAGCAACCCUGGCUCUCCAGCAGUGGGACAGCCCCCUCACCAAGGGGACAACAAAAGGAGGAAAGAGGCAGAGGCUGAGUGGGGGAUGCGGCAGCUGGAGACCCAAGUGCAGGAUGUCUGCCAGACUCUGUCCCCAUACAAGGAGAGUGUGGCUAUGGGAGUCCCCCCAUGUCCAGUGGAGGCAGCACGGAUGCAGCAAGAGCCCAGUGCCAGGGCUGUGCUCCUGGAGGGGUCAGCACGAGGGAAGCCUCCCGGGAGCCCUCAGGUGGAGGCCAUGCUGCGUGAACUGGGCGAGUUGUGGGAGGACCUGCAGAGGAGGCACCAGGAGAAUGGUGUGGUGCUGCAAGAAAUCGAUAAGGCACUGCGGGAAGAAGCAGCAGGCGAGGCAUCCACUGAGCACGAGGGAGCAAGGAAGAUGCAGAGGAAAGUGGAGAUGGUGGAGGAGAAGUUGGCACACGUGCAGGCAGCACUGCGGCACCGGGCAGCAGAUCUGCGGGACUCCCUGGUGCUGUCUGAGUUCCUGCAGGACCUGCAAGAGGAGGAGGCACGGAGCCAGCAGGGAUCUGCAGCGGCUGAGAAGUCUCCAAUCAGUGAGGACAUGAGUCGGCCCUUGGGAGAGCUGCAGGAGGCUGUGGAGAUGCUGAAUGAUGCGGCGAAGGAGCGGGAGCGGGUCAUGGAGGUGGCAGCAGAGACGGAGAGCCUGGAGCGUCUGGUGGCAAAGAUAUCCCCACAGCUGGAGGCCCUUCAGUGCAGAGCCAAGGCGCUGUCUGAAGACAUUGCCCUAGCAGAGAAGAGCUUCACCACAGUGAAGAGUGAGAAGGACCUGCAAGGGCUGCAGGGCUUGCUAAGCUGCCAGCAGGAGAUGGAGCAUGCAGUGUCCCAGACCCUGCAAGGGCAGCUGGAGGAGCUGGAGAGGGUGGCUGCCCGCUUGCAGGAGCUGUGUCCUGCUCGGCAGUGCCCCGUCAGCCAGGAGCUGCAGGAGACGCUGUGGGCCUGGGCAGGGCUGCGAGAGCUGCUGCGGGAGACCCGGCUCCGCGUGCAGCAGGCCAGCCAGCUCCGGCACUUCUUCAAGGAUUACUUAGCCAUGAUCUCCUGGACUGAGGACACCCGGGCUCAGAUCUUCUCUGAAAGCCCAAGCAGUUCCAGUAUCCCGGAGACUCCAUGUGAGGAGCUGGAGAGGAGAAUCGAAGAGAAACUCAAGGAGUUUGAGGCACUAGCAGCAGCAGGGCAGCAGCUGGUGUCUGAGGAGCACUACCUGAGUGCAACACUGCUCUGCUGUGAGAUACCCUGGUAG